CGAGAUGGAAAUGGGGUCGUAAAUAAUGGGAGGAAAGAUUUGCGGGGUUGAAACCUAGUUGUUUGUGUGCUUCGCAAAGGAGCCUCGGAGCCGAAACACUCUAAAUUCCCUUUCAUUGUCUCCAUCUUGCUCUGCGCAGGUUUCUGGGGCAGAUACAGAGUUGCCUCUUGUAUCACUGUAGAUUCCAGAGUCUUCCGCUCUUCAACCCCGUACAGGUAGACCAUGCCGAGACCGAGGAAGAGGCUGGCUGGGGUUUCUGGGCAAGACAAGAAGGGACCAGCAGGAAAGCGUACCAAGACUAAGAAUGCAAGUGAGGCAUCAGCUGAAGUGGAGAACUCCAGCCCUCAGAGGACUUCAGCCCUUAAGAAAUGUGGGAAGAAUUUAAGCAGCUACUGGCUAAUGAAGUCAGAGCCAGACAGCCGACUAGAGAAAGGUGUGGAUGUGAAGUUCAGCAUUGAGGAUCUCAAAGCAGAGCCCAAGCAGACAGCAUGCUGGGAUGGUGUUCGCAACUAUCAGGCCCGGAACUUCCUUAGAGCCAUGAAGCUGGAGGAAAAAGCCUUCUUCUACCAUAGCAACUGCAAAGAGCCAGGCAUCGCAGGAGUUGUGAAGAUUGUGAAGGAGGCUUACCCAGACCACACACAAUUUGAGAAAAGCAGUCCUUAUUACGAUCCAUCCAGCAAAAAAGACAACCCCAAGUGGUCCAUGGUGGAUGUGCAGUUUGUCCGGAUGAUGAAGCGUUUCCUUCCGCUGGCUGAACUCAAAACCCAUCACCAAGCUCACAAAGCCACUGGCGGGCCUUUAAAAAACAUGGCACUCUUUACCCUCCAGAGACUCUCAGUUCAGCCCCUGACCCAAGAGGAGUUUGAUUUUAUUUUGAGCCUGGAGGAAAAGGAACCAAGUUGACUGAGACACUGCUGGGAUGGGCAAGGCAUUACUCCAAAGAAAUGAAGCUCUUGUAAGACAGCAGAUGUGAGGAGACUUGCUUGUUAUGUUCAUUCGAGGUUUGUACUUUUCUCAAUAAAACCCUGAUCUCAA